AUGGACCACCCCGCUUCUGGGGAGCAGUCUACCCCUCCCCGCGUGAAAAUGGCCCCGUGGCUUCACAUUGCGAAGAAGAGAGCCCUCUCGGUGCCACGGUGCACUGCUGUCACGACAUCCCCACUAAUCUCACAUUUCUUUGUAUGUAGCGGCCUUUCUUGGCACACCAAUGAUGAUGCCCUGCGCGCGGGUUUCCAGCAGUUUGGCGAGAUCCAGGAAGCUAUUGUCGUCAAGGACCGUGCUACCAUGCGCAGCCGUGGAUUCGGAUUCGUGCGCUUUGCGACGGAUGCUGAGGCCGAUGCGGCCAUGAACGCCAUGAACAACCAGGAAUUUGAUGGCCGUGUCAUCCGUGUCGACAAGGCUCUUGACCGCCCCAACCGCCCCGACGGUGGCUUCCAGGGUCGCGGAGGAUACAACCAGGCUCCCAACCAGGGCUACCAGGGCGGUGGCGGUGGUAAUGGUGGUGGCUACGGCCGUGGUGGUGGUGGUGGUUACGGCGGUGGCUACGGCGGUGGUUACCAGCAGCAGCAACAGCAGCCCUACGGCGGUGGUAACAGCGGAUAUGGUGGUGGCGGCUACGGUAAG